CAGAGCGUGCCGGCAAAAUGAAAUUGGUGCCGUUUUGGUACUUUACGAGCCUGCCUGUUUGUUUGUUCGUAUUAAACACCGUACACUGUAGCCAGCAACGGGUCCCUGUGUACUAUCCCAAUCGUAUCGUUUUCGCGAAUAAUUCAAAAUCGUUCACUGUACGAGUGACACGGUUCGUCUGUACGGAGACGCCAUACGAAGUGUCGGAACUGGUGCAGUGCAAAACAGUGCUGCGGCGAAAUAAACCAACCUUUUUCAACUUGACAGUCCAAGUGCCAAACGUGCUGAACCUGAUUUACUUCCAGGUGAAAACAUUCUAUCGGUUGAACGAUUACCAACCCUUUCCAAUCAGCAUAAUUACGGAAGUAUGUAGUUAUUUGCGUAACCCUUCGGACGACGUAUUUUCCCGCCAUCUUAUGUCUGUGUUUUUCGAAACUAUACCACAUUUACUGUACUACUGUCCACAUGGGAACACAACGUACCAUGCCGAAUACUGGCUUGAGGAUAAGUUCUUUCCCAAAUCUAUGCCUGCUGGCGACUAUCGGCAGGACGUUUGGUUUCGCGAUGAACAGAACAAGACAAUGUUAUCCUAUCAAGCUUUCUUUUCUGUUCGCCGAAAUGGUAUAUGGCGUUCAAUGCUCGAGUGGUAGUUAUGCUAUCAAACGAUUUUUUAAACAAUCGAUAAAUAAUUAAACACGAUUAAUUAGAUGUGACAGAUAAUAUAAUUUAGCGAUCAAAUCAGAUUCGAUCAAGAGUCAAGUAGUGAGUAUAAGUACAAUACUAAAUAAAGAUAUAACA